CCAACACAAACUAGACACACAUAAUAACGGUGGUGAUUACGAGAGAGGCGUUUAUUGUUGUUCUCUUGCUUGUGGUUCACAUUAAAACGACAGUGAACAAUUGCUUUUUCGGUUUUAAAGAUUACAGCAGCACAAUUUUUAGGAGUUUUUUAUUAUUCAACGUUGAAGAAAAUAUCAAGACAAUAAGAGAGUAACAGUUUAAACUUGAAGAAAACAACAGUUUUGAAGAGAAUUUAUAGUUAGUCUAAUAUUGUGAUAGAGAAUAUUUUAACUCUACACUUAAAUCAACUCAUUCCGAUAAGCAAUUUUUAGAUAUUUAGUAUCUUCUUUAUAGUGUGUAUCAUCUUUAAUAGUAUUCUAUAAGAACCUUAUCAUUAAUAUACUAAUAAUAAUUGAUAAUUUGAAUGACUUUAACAAUGCUAUCUAAGAAUAGUCCUAAUAUGAUGAUGAUGCUGAUGAAUGAAUCAUCAUCAUCGUCUUCUUCUACUACUGUACAGUCUACCAGUACUUCUACUCCUACUAGUAAUUCCAAUACUACUACUACCAACUGUAACAAUACUUCUUCUUGUACAUUUACUACUGCCAGUAAUAGUCUAAAUAACAACCUCACACGUGAACAAUUGGAAAGAUUUGUUAGUGGGAGACAAUUCAUUCAAGAUAAUCUCCGAGAGAGAAAUAUUCUCAGAGAUUAUGAAACAAACCGAUUGGGAUAUCAAGUGAGUCAUACACUGAGCUCGACAAUUGAGAAAAUACUUUGGAAGAAGAGACAGUCUAGUCUCUCCCAGAAAUUAGAAAAUAGGCCAAAUAUUGAACAAUUGGAACAGAGAGGAAUCAUUCCAUUCUUACAUCACUAUUAUGAUCAGACGGGUAUGGAUGCACCCACAGAAAAUAGUGAAAAACCAUCAUCAAAUAAUUCAUCAAAGGAGAAUUCUCCAGUAUCUUCUCCAAGAUUAGAUCAUCAUCAGGAUAGUUCGUUACACCUUUCUUCAAGCCAUUCACCAUCUUCUAUACCCUAUCUAUAUGAUCAUGAACAAACACUUUGUGGAAUAGGAAUAGGAAGAGAGGAAAAGGAACGAAAAAAGAGACACAUUGAGAGUUUUCUUGUUAGAAGACCAUCGAAAAAAGAUCUUGUGGACCUUUUUACAAGGAAAGGCAAUGCUAGUCCAACAGGUCUUUUAGGAAAUCAUGAUCAAGAAAAUCCCACUCUAAUCUAUGAUGUGACAGCUUCCAACAAUAAUCUUUCAACAUUUGAUCCUAUGAGUAUACUGUUAGAACCUCAUGUUCUACAAAUUCAUAAUCAAUUAGAAAGUAUUUAUAACCAACGAGGUGAUAUAUCUUCUAAUUCAUCUUCUUCUGAUAAUCUCAAUGAACAAGAAGAUGAAUCCAACAAGAUUGAAUCCGAUGAAACUAAUAUCACAAUACCUGAUGAAACACAACAGAAUUAACUUGAUUCAGUACAAGAAUGUCAAACCAUUCUGUACAAUUUUCUCCACUAACCUAUAUUUCCCAUUCCUCUUUCUGCAAUCUUUUAUUAUUACCUUAAAUUAUUAACCUUAAUCUGAGUUUCUAUCUGUGUUCCAAUGUGACACAAUAUCCGUGCCUCAUCCAGAUAGCUAUCCAUAAGCCACAUUACAAUAAAAAAUCAUUAUCAUU